AUGAACAUGCAACGUCGCUGUGCGAUGGACGUGGGUGAUCCACUUAGCGACAAACAGGUAGUACCAUCGGAACAACGGGCAUACGUUUGGUCAGCCUCAUAUGGAACAAGUUACUCAUUGGCGAGUGUCAGCUACAUCUAUCUCGAUUUCAUCCAAGCACCCACGACGCCUACCAUGAUCUCCUCGCGGGUGUCGCUUCCAGCUGUUCAUCAAAACCCCGAGACCCCUGCUCGCCGGUCGCUGCCGCCUAUCUCAGAAAUGUUCUCCGACAUUCAGCUAAAAUGCCAUCACCCUCCUCAGCAAGGCUACUAUGCUUCGCUCCAUUCAAAGUCUAUGGUGGAUCGUAACGAACCUGUGGGAACUGCCUAUGACCCGGUAUAUCACGACUACCGCUCUGCAUCUGGUGACCGCCGUCAGCAUCUCGCGCCUGCCCCUCAACCUGACCAGGCCAGCCAUAUGCCCGCCGUAUACAGCACUCCUCAGUCCCAGACUCAAAUCGGGCUUAUACAUUAUGAUCCUAGUCGUGGCGGGCGCGCGGAGUUUCUCCCUAGACAUUUCAUGAAUUGGUCCUACCAGCAGUUCUUUAGCCGCAUUCGCUACUUUUCCGGCACAAUUGCCAACUUUGCGGAAGCCUGUAGCCGUGAUGACCAGCAGCAUCUACCCAGCGAACUCGAGGUCGGUGGCAUGAUUGCCAAUGUGGACUCAAUCAAGCGUGAGAUCGACCAAUACCAGUUGUUCAUCCAGAGUGCCAAGCGUGUCAGCGAGAGGAACACGGGCGACGAUACUGUUGAGGUGACCCCCAACGUCCACAUGUACAGCGACAGCACGGAGUUUCCACCGCACAAAGUGGUCAAGAAACAGCGCGUUCGUCCCGCUCGUCCUGGUCACUGUCACGAAUGCAAAUUGACUGCCUCUUCUGAAUGGCGAUAUGGCCCCAACGGUCCUGGCACUCUGUGCAACGCCUGCGGCCUGCGCUACGGCAAGCUGGAGCGCAAGCGCAAGCGGCAACUAGAUGCCCAACCCCUUCCCGCCAAAAAAACGUAG